AUUAUGUGAUAUGCUGAUUUAACGUUACAUCGCGAGUACUGUGCUGGACCAACAUGGAGCGAGUGGUGUGGAUUGUGACUCUGUUGGCGACCGCUGCUCUCGCGCAAGACAGCGGCCUCUUCGAACUUAAUAUUGUGCAUUACAAUGACUUCCACGCACAUUUCGAUGAGGUGAGUCCGCAAGGCACGGUGUGCAGCGCGCAGAGCGAGCCCUGCAUCGGGGGCUUCGCGCGCCUGUACACCGCGGUGCAGCAGGUGCUGGAGGCGGAGCCCGACUCCUUGCUGCUCAACGGCGGCGACACCUUCCAGGGCACCAUCUGGUACAACUUCCUGCGCUGGAACGUCAGCCAGCACUUCAUGAACAUGUUGCCGCACGACGCGCACGUGCUGGGGAACCACGAGUUCGACCACGGCGUGGAGGGGCUGGUGCCGUACCUGGAGCGGCUCGAGGCCCCCAUGCUGGGCGCCAACGUCAACACCACGCUGGAGCCCUCCAUGACGCCCUACAUCAAGAACCACGUCGUCGUCGAGCGCCACGGACGCAAGAUCGGCAUCAUCGGCGUGCUGCUCAGACAGUUUUCGGCGCCGAUCGGGCGAGUGAUCAUGGAAGACGAGCUGGAAGCCGUGAACCGCGAGGCCGCGAUACUCACUGAGAUGGGCAUCGAUAUCAUUAUAGUGCUGUCUCAUAUCGGAUACACCAGUGACAUCCAGCUGGCUCGUCGCGUGUCUCCCACGGUGGACAUCAUAGUGGGCGGCCACUCGCACACGCUGCUGUACAACGGAGAGACGCCCAACGGAGACACCGCGCUCGGCGAGUACCCCACUGUCGUCACACAGGAUAACGGACAUACGAUCCCGAUAGUGCAAGCGUCUUGCUACACACGCUACCUGGGUAACAUCAAGUUCUUCAUCAAUGACCAGGGCGUCGUGGAGCGCUGGGUGGGAGAGCCCGUCUUCUUAGGCUCCUCAAUCGUACAAGACCCGAAGAUAAUGGAGCUGCUGGAGCCAUGGCGGCAGGAGGUGGACGCCAUCGGUAAAGAGGUUCUCGGCACGUCUCGCGUCACGCUCAACCGCUCGUGGUGUUCCCGCGGAGAGUGCAACCUCGGCAGCUGGGCUUGUGACGGCUUCCUCGAAGAGAUGAUUUUCAAUGCUAAGGGAACGGCAUGGAAUGACGUUCACGUGUGUAUGAUCAACACCGGAGGAUUGCGAGUACAGAUCAAUCCUGGAAACGUGACGACUGAGGCUCUGCUGAUGGCGAUGCCGUUCGAGAACUUCGUGCAGGUGUACGACCUGAAGGGACGGUACCUGCUGGAGGCGCUAGAGUUCUCUGUCGGCGUGUCCUGGUCCGAAUCCUUCUCCAGCGGACGGAUGUUACAGAUCGGAGGUAUGCGCAACGUGUACAACGCAUCACAGCCGAUAGGGUCUCGCGUGUCGGCGACAGUGCGCUGCAUCGACUGCGACGUGCCGCGCUACUUGCCGCUCGACGUCGACGCCACCUACCGCAUAGUCACGCAGAGCUACAUCGGAGAUGGCGGAGGCGGAUAUUCCAUGCUAUCAGACAACAGAGAGAACGUGGAAGUCAAGGAGGUAGACUACGUGCUCCUGCAGAAGUACAUGAGGAGGCAAGGGGUCGUUGUGAAAGACCUCGACGGGAGAAUAAAGAUAGCUUACUGAAUAC